CCCGGGUUUUGGUUUCUUUAAAUUUCGACCAUCACGUAGGUUUUCUCUGCCGCACGUACUGGAGACAUUUAAAAGCCACCCUGUGGGAAAAUCCUCUCAAGAUGGCUCGAUGUUACUCUCUCUUGUCUCUAGGCAGCACCUGACAGCAGGUCGGGAGGCAGUUUGCGUUCCGUGAGGUGGCCGGGGAUAAGGUCGACGUUAAAAUGCAAGGGUUUGGGUCCGUGUGUAUCUCGAGCGCCUCAGAUCAUGCCUGGAGUACACGGAGUGAGCGACUGACCAGGACUGUCAUUCUCUCAGCGGGGGGCCUUCGCGAACUCCCCGAGAACUGAAGUGAGAUGAUGGUUGCGGCUUAGCUCAUCUAAUGUGGAGACUUUUAUAUAUAAUACCUGGAUUUUCCGAUUCAGUUUGAGUCUUGUUUGCUCAAAAUAUUUUUAACGGUCAGAAAUAAGUUGGCAUAUGUGAUUCAGAAAAUCUGUAGUAGUUCUGUGGUGUGGGGAUGAGGACUCUAGAAAUUGUAUCUGUGCAGCAUGUUACAGUUUUCAGUCUUGUGGGUUUAUGGACUAGAAUCCCCUCGGAAAUGUUUAGCUGUCACAGUCGCUUUUCUGUAACUGCAUAUCGCUCUUGAAAAUGGUUUAUGUUAGCGGGUCCUUUAGCAAACCAAAAUCCAGUUAGAUAAUAUUUGGCUUUAUUUCUUUUAUUUACGUUUCCUCAGUUUUCUGCAUGUGAGUCUUCCCUGUUACUGUGUUCGUUGUUUUCCCGUGACAGUGUGUCCCACUGCAUGCUGAGGUGCUGCCUUGGAUUAGAAUUCAGUGCAGUGGUAAUGUCAUAAUAAUAAAUGUUCUCCACCCUUGAGCAUGUAGUUGAUGGGUUGACUUUAAUCUUUCCUGAAGGCACAUUAAAGUUGUCUUUUGUGUUAGUAGCUUAUUGAAAAAUACUUUGUAUCACCUUUCCCAGGCAUUUGAGGCACUGAGAUGCACUUGGUGAGCCAGACAGAAUUAGUAUAUCCUCUUUUUGCUGGUUUAGAGGCUGUACCUGAGUUAAAGUGACUUGCUGGCUUUAUCUAGCUGUGUCACAAGAUCACAUGACUGAUACAAAGAGGCACAACAAGGAUUCAAGAUGACCAACGAGGAACCUCUUCCCAAAAAGGUUCGACUGAGUGAAACAGACUUCAAAGUUAUGGCACGAGAUGAGUUAAUUCUAAGAUGGAAACAGUACGAAGCCUACGUGCAAGCUCUGGAGGGCAAGUACACGGAUCUUAACUCUAAUGAUGUAACUGGCUUAAGGGAGUCUGAAGAAAAACUGAAGCAACAACAGCAAGAGUCUGCGCGCAGGGAAAACAUCCUUGUAAUGCGACUAGCAACAAAGGAGCAAGAGAUGCAAGAAUGCACUACUCAAAUCCAGUACCUCAAGCAAGUCCAACAGCCCAGUGUCGCCCAACUGAGAUCAACAAUGGUAGACCCAGCCAUCAAUUUGUUUUUCCUAAAAAUGAAAGGUGAACUGGAACAGACUAAAGACAAACUGGAACAAGCCCAAAAUGAACUGAGUGCCUGGAAGUUUACGCCUGAUAGCCAAACAGGCAAAAAGUUAAUGGCGAAGUGUCGAAUGCUAAUCCAGGAGAAUCAAGAACUUGGAAGGCAGCUGUCCCAGGGACGUAUUGCACAACUUGAAGCUGAGUUGGCUUUACAGAAGAAGUAUAGUGAGGAGCUUAAAAGCAGUCAGGAUGAACUGAAUGACUUCAUCAUUCAACUUGACGAAGAAGUGGAGGGAAUGCAGAGCACCAUUCUCGUUCUUCAGCAACAGCUGAAGGAGACACGCCAGCAGUUGGCGCAGUACCAGCAGCAGCAGUCUCAAGCCUCCGCCCCAAGUACCAGCAGGACUACAUCUUCUGAGCCUGUAGGACAGGCGGAGGCCACAGGAAAAGACUGCAGUCGACUGGCCAACGGACCAAGUAACGGCAGCUCCUCCCGGCAGAGGACGUCUGGGUCUGGAUUUCACAGGGAGGGGGACGCCCACGAGGAUGACUUUCCUUCUUCUCCAGGGAAUGGUAAUCAGGCCUCCCACAGCUCGGAGGAGAGAACUGGCAGAGGAGGUGUUAGUUACAUAAACCCACUCAGUGCGGGGUAUGAAAGCGUAGACUCUCCCACGGGCAGUGAAAACUCUCUCACACACCACUCAAAUGACACAGACUCCAGCCAUGACCCGCAGGAGGAGAAGACGGUGAGUGGGAAAGGUGACCGAACUGCGGGUUCCCGCCACGCGCAGAAUGGCUUGGACUCAAGUGUAAAUGUACAGGGUUCGGUUUUGUAAUAUUUUUCCAGCAGAUUUUUAUACAGUGUCGUUGAAUUUGGGAGAGGAGACUGUCGGCGAAGUACCGCAUACUUUGUCACUCUUUGCCUUUUUUGUGGGUGUGUGUGUUUUUGUUUCUCCCCCCUUUUUUUUUAAAUUUUCUUCCUUUGCUUCAAUACCUCUGCCACUUUGGGAAUUAUAACAGUUAAUUACUUUGAAUGUUGCUAAAAAGACAUUUUGAGUAGGGUCAAGUUAUUUUUAUAUGAGUUAAUGUGAAGUUGUAAAUGGAAAUCCUCCUUUCAAGUAGAACACGAUGAUGUCUGUAUAAAUCUCCGUGUAGGGCCUGUGCUGUGCAAGGGCAUUCUCACUCAUGCUGUUGUUAUACUUCUGCGCCAUUCAGACUUGUUAGAGUAGAUGUGAGGCUGUGACUGCCAAGUUUGCCCGGUACAGUAGUUUAUCACUAAAAGCUGGACUUGCUGAUGGAGUCCUGUAGUAGUUUCAGUGUUAGCUGCAGUUUUUCCCACCAUACAUCUGUGCAUUUUCUCUUUAGGUGACUGAAUGUUUAAGAAGUCUGUGUGCAUAGUUACUCAGUUUUUAUGAACUGUUGAAUCCUGUUAAUGCAAAUUGCUCUGUGACUCCAGUAUAUCUUACCUGUACUGACCAAACCUAAAUAAAGAUUUUUAUUGUAACUCAUGCAUUUGUUGGUUUUUGUUGGUGUGUUUAGCAUUUGUCAUUUAUUUUCAUUGAAUGGCUGAAUUUCUGCCUAUUCCUCAACAUGCCACAAAGGGGAAGAAGUUUCGGUCCAUGCAUCAGUUUUGAUG